AUGGAUAGACGCUUGGCGACUCUAGUCCCCAGGCAAGUGGGCGCAAGGGGGAUGCACGCAGGGGGGGAUGGGCGCAAGGGGGAUGCACGCAGGGGGGGAUGGGCGCAAGGGGGAUGCACGCAAGGGGGGAUGGGCGCAAGGGGGGAUGCACGCAAGGGGGGAUGGGCGCAAGGGGGGACGGGCGCAAGGGGGAUGCACGCAGGGGGGGAUGGGCGCAAGGGGGAUGGGCGCAAGGGGAUGGGCGCAAGGGGGAUGCACGCAGGGGGGGAUGGGCGCAAGGGGAUGGGCGCAGGGGGGAUGGGCGCAGGGGGGAUGGGCGCAAGGGCGAUGGGCGCAAGGGGGGAUGGGCGCAGGGGGGAUGGGCGCAGGGGGGGAUGGGCGCAAGGGGGAUGGGCGCAAGGGGGAUGGGCGCAGGGGGGAUGGGCGCAAGGGGGGAUGGGCGCAAGGGGGAUGGGCGCAAGGGGGAUGGGCGCAAGGGGGAUGCACGCAGGGGGGGAUGGGCGCAAGGGGGAUGGGUGCAAGGGGGAUGGGCGCAGGGGGGAUGGGCGCAGGGGGGGAUGGGUGCAAGGGGGAUGGGCGCAAGGGGGAUGGGCGCAGGGGGGAUGGGCGCAAGGGGGAUGCACGCAGGGGGGAUGGGCGCAAGGGGGAUGCACGCAGGGGGGGAUGGGCGCAAGGGGGAUGCACGCAGGGGGGGAUGGGCGCAAGGGGGAUGCACGCAAGGGGGGAUGGGCACAAGGGGGGACGGGCGCAAGGGGGAUGCACGCAGGGGGGGGAUGGGCGCAAGGGGGAUGGGCGCAAGGGGAUGGGCGCAAGGGGGAUGCACGCAGGGGGGGAUGGGCGCAAGGGGGAUGGGCGCAGGGGGGAUGGGCGCAAGGGGGAUGGGCGCAAGGGCGAUGGGCGCAAGGGGGGAUGGGCGAAGGGGGGAUGGGCGCAAGGGGGAUGGGCGCAAGGGGGAUGGGCGCAGGGGGGAUGGGCGCAAGGGGGGAUGGGCGCAAGGGGGAUGGGCGCAAGGGGGAUGGGCGCAAGGGGGAUGCACGCAGGGGGGGAUGGGCGCAAGGGGGAUGGGCGCAAGGGGGAUGGGCGCAGGGGGGAUGGGCGCAAGGGGGAUGCACGCAGGGGGGAUGGGCGCAAGGGGGAUGCACGCAGGGGGGGAUGGGCGCAAGGGGGAUGCACGCAGGGGGGGAUGGGCGCAAGGGGGAUGGGCGCAAGGGGGAUGGGCGCAGGGGGGAUGGGCGCAAGGGCGAUGGGCGCAAGGGGGAUGGGCGCAGGGGGGAUGGGCGCAGGGGGGGAUGGGCGCAAGGGGGAUGGGCGCAAGGGGGAUGGGCGCAGGGGGGAUGGGCGCAAGGGGGAUGGGCGCAAGGGGGAUGGGCGCAAGGGGGAUGCACGCAGGGGGGGAUGGGCACAAGGGGGAUGGGCGCAAGGGGGAUGGGCGCAAGGGGGAUGGGCGCAGGGGGGGAUGGGCGCAAGGGGGAUGGGCGCAAGGGGGAUGGGCGCAGGGGGGAUGGGCGUAAGGGGGAUGCACGCAGGGGGGGAUGGGCGCAAGGGGGAUGGGCGCAAGGGGGAUGGGCGCAGGGGGGAUGGGCGCAGGGGGGGAUGGGCGCAAGGGGGAUGGGCGCAAGGGGGAUGGGCGCAGGGGGGAUGGGCGGGAUGGGCGCAAGGGGGAUGCACGCAGGGGGGGAUGGGCGCAAGGGGGAAUGGGCGCAAGGGGAAUGCACGCAGGGGGGGAUGGGCGCAAGGGGGGAUGGGCGCAAGGGGGAUGGGCGCAAGGGGGAUGGGCGCAAGGGGGAUGCACGCAGGGGGGAUGGGCGCAAGGGGGGAUGGGCGCAAGGGGGAUGGGCGCAAGGGGGAUGGGCGCAAGGGGGGAUGGGUGCAAGGGGGGAUUUGCGAUGGCAGUGGUGGCAUUGGGAUGCAUUCCUGCCGAAGACAGCCUCCCCCCCACGCACGCUGGGGCGAGGCGGUGAUGAGAGGGCAGCGGCGGCAGUGGUGGCAGUGGCAGGGCAGGCAUGGGCAGCGAGAGUGAACUUGGGAGCUUGA